AAAUUGGGGUUUCUGUUGAAUAAUGUCCUUGCCUUCUGCUCUGCUAUUGUUGUCCACUUCUCAUUCAUCUCCUCACGCAGCGCGAACAAAGACACGUCAGCCUCGCCCUCUGAUUGGCUCCCUGCCGGGGCCCCGCGACGCUGCUGUGCCGCGAGCUCCGCCACAACAGAUGGACCUCUCGCGCUCUCCUCCUACCAGCUUCUGGAUGCACUGCUGCACGCGCCCCGCUGAUUGUGUCCAACGGCAGGAGAACGAGCGACUUGUCCCAGGAGUUUUAACGGCUAACGCUCAGUUCAGGAGAAACGACUGGAAGACGAAAGAAAAGGACCGAGGAGACCUAUGUUAGUCACGUUCAGAAGAAAAGACCCUCUUGGAUCACUGACACCUGAGGAUACAAACAGAAUCUACCUGCCUAUAACUUUGGCUGCCUCUCCUCAUAGGCAGUUUCUUCUCUGGUGACUCAACAACAACUCAUAGUCUUUACGACGCUCCUCUCAUGCUCACUGAGAAUGGAUGAUACACAGUACGGGGUUCAGAUCGGAGAGAACAAGUUCGUCAGCAAGUCAACAGUCCUGUCACAUCUUAAAACUUACAACCUCUAUUAUGAAGGGCAGAAUCUGCAGCUGCGGCACAGAGAGGAAGAAGAGGAACUGAUUGUUGAGGGCUUGCUGAAUAUCUUUUGGGGCCUCCGGCGACCAAUCAGGCUACAGAUGCAGGAUGACCACGAGCGAAUCCGGCCGCCCCCCUCCUCCACGUCUUGGCACUCGGGUUGCAAUCUGGACAGUCAAGGUUCUCCCACCACCACAGAUGGUCAACAGGCUCAGCAGAGCUCACCCACAGUGGAAGUGACGCCACCUGACAGCCAACCAGAGGACAACGGUGUGACUGAAGAGGAGGCAGAAGAGGACAGUGAGAGCUCCGCUCAGCUCCUCAGGACAAAGAGCGAUGCCGGGGUCUUAAGGAGAGGCCAGCGAAGGUCGCCAAGUGACCAGAGGAAAAUCCGACGCCAUCGAUUCUCCAUCAACGGACACUUCUACAACCAUAAAACAGCAGUGUUUACGCCUGCUUACGGGUCGGUGACUAACGUUCGCAUCAACAGCUGUAUGACCACGCCGCAGGUGCUACGAGUUCUCCUUAACAAGUUCAAAAUCGAAAACAGCCCAGAUGAUUUUGCACUCUAUCUGGUCCAUGCUAGUGGAGAGCGAGUGAAACUGAAGCGGACUGACUAUCCUAUGUUGCUGAGAAUCAUGCAGGGACCGUGUGAGCAAGUCUGCAAAAUAUUCCUCAUGGAAGAAGAUCUCGGAGAAGAAGUCACAUAUGAUGUGGCGCAGUAUAUCAAGUUUGAGAUGCCUGUCCUCCAGAGUUUCAUCACCAAGCUAAAGGAAGAGGAGGACAGAGAGGUGCAGAAACUCAGGAGAAGGUAUAACUAUAUUCGGAAUAUAAUCGAGAAGCAGCUCCAGUGUCUUCCAGAGGGGGCAAAGUGUAUGUGAUCUGCUUAUGGUAGGGCCCCCCACACCAAACUGUCACCACAGCUGCCAAGCCGUGACCAAGAGAAUGACCAAGAAUCAGCUGACAAGAGCAACAAGUACAUGUUUCACCAACUGUCCUCCCUCAGCACAUCCCACAAUCAGUCAGCCCACAGUUUGCUCUUUCGUGCACGUGUUGAGUGUGACCAUCUCUGUGAUACUGAGAGUCAUGGCAACACACACACUUUUUUUUUCUUUGCUUUUCUUUACCAUGAACAGAGCACUCGGACAAACGUCUCCUGUUUGUGUUUUUUAACCUUUUUUUAGUCUGUUAGCCUGCAAGAUGAGGCUAAAAUGUAACCUGUCUUCUGCCUUCGCUGCAGGAAAUAUUCAAAAUCGUUUUAAAGCACAAAUGUCAUCUUAUAGUGACUAUAUAGGUUUCUCCAAGCACAAAACACACAAAGUUGGUGGGAUACUUUGAAGCUGAUGUAAACAUUUAGGACCUUUUUCAUUUCAUUGAUGUGAAAUCUUUUUAUUGCCACUGCAGGCUGUGACUGUGAUAAUGCAGUUACACACAGUAUUUGGCAAUUUUACAUGUAGGCAGCAUGUAAGACUGAGAAUCACAGGGAACAACCAUCCUGUAAAUGUGGAGUGGUCUGACGGUGACAAAAAUUAACCUUACAUAUUUCAUUAAAUUUAAUGCAUAAAAAGCCCAAGUGAAAGAGUAUGGAGAAGUGAUUCCUGCAUAUCAAACCCCCAAAACUUCAACUGUUUAUGUUUGGUGGCACCGGUCUUUGUCCUGCUUACUGAGUUUUAAAUGAGAUCUGGUGACAUUGAAGCCAAACUCUCAGCAUGAAGUUAGAUCCAGAAGUUCCCCAAAAUAACAGACUAUUCCUUGGAAUAAUGCAACUUUUUGAGCUACUUGUUUUGUUCCUACACACACUCUUACGCUAAAGGUUUGCCUGACGUUAACCAGAUUGCACAAAAUCUUCAUGUUUUGUUUUCAUUUUGAUUUAGUUUUUUUUUUUUAGUUUUUUUGACAUCUACAUCCAGCAGAGACAAGAAGCACAAAACGAUAAUCCCACAAGACUGUGAAUUUUACGGAGAAUGUUUUUAAACGUACGAACGAGCAUUUCUAAGCAGUGCGGUUUGCCUCCACAUGUACAGCACUUUGUCUCCUUCCGCCUGACAGUUCAGUAUUUCUGACACGCAGUGGACGACGCCCCGAAGAUUGUGUGAGAGCAUGCAUGUUGUGUUUUUAGUGACUAAGACUUGCCUGCUUUUGUAUUGUGUCUUUUACAAAGUAAAGAAGAAAUUUUAGCCUUUAAAGUGUUAACUCUUGCCACUACUUUGUGGAAGUUUUCGUACAAUGUUUGUUAUUUAAUAAAAAAUUUGUCUGGGGAAAAUGAA